AUGGUCGCGACUCCGGGCGAAGUCCGCCGCCUGAUUGGCACAAUGCUGCGCAAGACCGGGGCAGACAGAUUGAGCGAGGUACUGGAUGCGGAUGUCGCCAGGUCGCCUCGCUUUGCAUUAGUUCUGAGCAUGGCGGUGGAGAUCGACAGACGAGCCAAAGCCUUCUGGGACGCAGCCUCUCGAAAAAGAAUCCGCAACGGGAAGCUGACAAAAGACAAGCUGAACGGCAAAUUGGCAUCGAUUGGAACUCAGAUCCUGGAGGCUCUCUCGGCCUUUGUUCUGCCCUCUGGCGAAGUGUCAGAUGACCUUCUGCAGGCAAAGGAGCUUCUCGACUGCCUGGCUCUGUCUGCAGAGGAGGAUACUGGGGACAAAGUGGACAAAGGUGUCUCCAAGUUGGAGCCUGCGGAUCAGGAGGACGAGGACUUAGCCGAGGCGAUGCGGCUGUCCAUGGGCGACAUGGGCGAUGCAGCACCGGGCCCUCCAGACGCCAAGCGUGCCCGGGGAGAGCCACCAGAAGAGGAAUCAGAUCUCCAGCGGCGCCUGGAGAAAGAAGAGGAGGAACGAGCCGAAGUGGCCUUUGAACGCUUCCGCGCCGAGGAUGUGCAGAUCGAGCUCGAUGCCGUCGAGAAGAUCAAUGAGUUCUGCAGAGAAACCGGCGACAAGUAUGUGGAUCCGCAGUUCCCACCCACGGACAAGUCUCUGUAUCUUCAUCCGGAUGACGCGUCUCGCUGGACUUGUCUUGCAUGUGGGAAGAAUUCGCCGCUGCCGCCGCAGCCUGAACUACCUAAGUCGCAGGAGGAGGCUCAGCAGCAGGAGAACGACUUCAUUGCGAAGGUGAAGUGUGUUCACUGUGGCACUCCUGCUCAUUACGUUGUGCGGGUGCAGUAUUUCACUCGACCGACACAGUGGCUAAGACCUGCAGAGCGCUGCCCAGGGUGUGAGUUGCUAUAUAGCCAUCUCCCUGCCGGCAAGGAGCUGAUCCCCCGUCUCUGUGCGCAUUUCCUUCGGGACUCGAUGUCAAACACGACGGUCGGAGCGCCCUGGAAGCUCAUCCGUGGCGAGUCGAGGGCAGAGGACGUUUGCCAGGGUGGUCUGGGCAACUGCUGGUUUGCUGGCGCUUUGAGCGUCGUCGCGACGUGUCCGAAGCUCGUUGAGAAUUUGUUUGAGACGAAGGAGUUCAACCCAAAUGGGGCGUACCUCCUUCGCCUCCAUCAUGCAGGAAACUGGCGCAGGAUACUGAUAGAUGACCUUCUUCCCACCUCGAAGAUUUUCGAGGGAGUCAUCGAUGGACAAACGAUUUACUACGCCCGCGGCGGCAGCCUUUGCUACCUGGGAGGAUCGCGGCGUCAGCUUUGGGUGCCCCUGGUGGAGAAGGCAGCUGCGAAGCUGUUCGGCAACUACUUGGGCCUGAAGGGCGGCACUUUUGCUGAGGCCUUGGCGCUCUUCACCGGCUUCCCGACUCAACGCAUUCCGUUGCACAUCCGCAAGGAACAGCGAAAGGCUCGGGAAGAGCGCAGUGCAAGGCUCGCCGAAGAGAGGACACGGCUCCUUUUGCAGGGCCUGCCAGUGCCGCCGGAGCUGGAGGACGAUGAUGACGACUUUGAUAAUGAUGACCUCAAGUGGUCGCAAAUUCUGUCGGCUUGCGAAUCGGGGUACUUGAUGGGCAUGGGAUGCACAGAGGAAGGAUGUGAGAAGACAAAGGAUCACAUCGUGGAAGAAAUGGGCCUACAGGCUCCUCACGCCUAUGGCAUCCUGGAAGCAAAGGAAGUGGAGGUCUCAGGGAAGAUCCUCCGCAUGAUGAAGAUACGAAAUCCCUGGGGCGAGCGUGCACCACGUACAUGGAAGGGCCCCUGGGGGAAGGACUCCGACAAGUGGACUCCUGAACUCAAGCUGCGCCUUGGGGUUGUCAACAGCUCCAAUGUGCUCAUGGAGGAUCCCAUGUCCGUCUUCUGGAUGCAGUUCGAGGACGUGAAGGAGUACUUCGGGGCGGUGGAGAUCUGCCGCAUCCAUGAGAAUUGGAGCUCGGACCGAACGCAGGUUUGGCUCCCAUCCAUGGUCGGACCCGGCCAGGGCGUCGAUGUCACGGUCUUCCGGCGAACAGCUGUUGACAUUUGCAUCUGGCAAGAGAAGCACAUCGCCCGCGAGGCUGCCUUGCAGGCAAAAGCCACAAACAUAGACGUCGGCUUUGCGGUUUUCAGGAAGUUGGGCCCGGGCUCCGACGGGAAGAUGAGGUACGACCUGACUGAGUAUGUUGGACGCGCCCGAGCCGACGACGUCAGCGAGGAGAUGAUCCUCGAAGGGGGAUACGUCUACCGUGUUGUGCCCGUCUCCUUCGGCCUUGCCCAGGAAGUCUCGCCACGCAAAGCCGUCGUUGCGGUACAUUCGGUCCAGACCAUCGAGACCCAGAAGGUGACGCUGGAUUGGUCGGACACAGCUGCGGCCGUAUUCGAGGGCGCACGGCGGAAAGGCAAGAAGAGGCAAUUUCCAAACUUGGCAACUGGGGUGUCGGCCUUUGUCCUCCAAGAGGAGGCCGGUUUAUCUCUGGUUGCCGAGAACUCGUCGGAUCAGUUGGCAGCCAUGCAGGUCGAUGCAAACGACUGCAUCGGCUGUGUCAGCUCUCGUGAGAGCUUCGACGCGGUGGUUGCCUUGCCUCCCAAGUCGCGGCAGGUUGUUCUGGGCAUCGCCUUCGCUAGAGGGGCCAUACGAGUCAUGACAGCGGUUGGAGCCCAGGGCCUUCCCGGCGAGGCGGCGAACUUCGCGCUUGCAGGGGAAGGUCUUCAUGUUCCGCUUGGCUUGGCUCCCACAUCAGGCAUCCCCCCGCCCGACGAGGCUAUCCUCGCACGCGCGCCAGCAGAGAAGCCAUCCCUGCAGCGGAACAUCACUCGAGGCAGUUCCAUGAGCAAUGACGAGAUGCUCCAAGCAGCCAUGGAGCUGUCGAUGCAAGCGAGGCCAGCAGAUGCUCCACCUGCCUCAGCUCAAGCUGGCGCCAUGGAGGUGGAUGAUGACCUGGCCGCGGCCAUCCAGCUGUCAAUGCAAACACAGGCGGCAGCGCCGCCACAGCCUCCAAAGGACGGCUCGAGUGUGCAGAAGGAGCAUCCACCAGUGGACAAAGCGGCUCUGCAGCUUCGGGUCAAGGCCCUCUUCGAGCAAUAUCGCUCCAGCGGCAUGCCGCCCAAUGAGGAUGCGGAUGCAGCAGAAGCCGAGAAGGAGGCGAAGCCCAAAAAGAAGGACGACAAGAAGGCGAAAACUGGCACGGCCAAAGAGGUCAAGGAGGAGAAGCAGGAAGACAAGGAAGAUUUGCAGAUAGAGCCGGACCGAGCUCUCAUCAAGGUGAUGGAGGCGAGAGAUGCCCAUUGGCUGGCCCCGGCGUUCCCUGACGCGAGCCCAUCCGGACCGAAGCAUGUGCCAGCAGUGGUCAUGAAGGACGGCACGAAGUUGUGCGGGGACUUCCAGAAGGAACUUGCAAGAAUUUGCCACCGUGCCCCAACGGAGCUCACCGUUGUGCUGUUGUCCUUCGUGCUGAGCGGGUGUGUGGGGCACCCAAUCACGGUAGACAUACUUGCAGAUCUUCUCCACCGCAGCCGCUCCACCUGUGCCUACACUGGCGCCGGUCUUUCCAAGGCCUCUGGCAUUCCCGACUAUGCCACCAAAGCUGCGAAGUCGGUCGUGGCUGGGCCAAAGAUCCGAAGCAGCUUCGAUGCUCUGCCCACCUACGCACACCAGUGCCUGGUACUACUCCAUCAGAACAAUCUGAUGCACUCUUGGGUUCAGCAGAAUCACGAUGGCCUACCACAGAAGGCAGGCUUCCCUCAGGAGCACGUCAACGAGAUCCAUGGCGCUUGGUUCGAUCCCAGCAACCCCGUGGUGCAAUUUGACGGCAGCCUGCGGCAUGACCUCUUCCAGUGGAUGUUGGAGCAGGAAAAAGCAACCGACCUUUGCCUGUGUUUGGGGACUUCGCUGAGCGGGAUGAAUGCCGAUCGGAUGGUCGAGACUCCGGCGCGCCGUGCUGCGAAGUCGCCACCUCGAGCUUUGGGUUCGGUGAUCAUCAACCUGCAGAAAACUCGGUUGGAUGCGAAAUCGACGGUGCGAAUAUGGGGUAAGUUGGACGACGUCUUCCAGCUGCUGCUGCGGAAGCUGUCCUUAGCGAUGCCCCAUGGAGGACUUGCAGCGACACCGCUUCCUCCCGGUGACAUCUUUGUGGUACCGUACAAUGUUGCAGGGGAGCCGGACUCUCGGGUGGAGAUGAGACUGAACCUUAGCCUUGGCACAGCGAUUACGGUGCCGAACUCGCAUGCCGUGAACUUCCAGCAGAUUGGCCGGGUGGCGGGCAAGAGCAGCGAUGGCAAUUACAUCGUGGACAUCGAUGGUGUGCGUCGUGCUUUGGGCACCUGGAUGAUUGAUGCUGCCAUACGUGGAGCGCUCCCGCUGUUGCCCAUCAUGAAUCCAAAGCCCACUGUCCGAACCAAGGAUGACGUCAGACCACCUCCACCGCCGCAGCCGCAGAUGACUGAAGAUGACAUGACGCGGAAGCUGCAAGAGAUGGAGAUCACGAAGGACGCUGGCGCAGCCAGGAGUGCUGUUCGAUUGUCUCAGGGAGAUCUUGGCAAGGCCGCCGGGUUGCUAUUGGAGAAGCCAGACGAUGGCGAGGAGAUGUCAGAUGCCGAGUCGGAGGACUCCGAGGUUUCGGGCGCCGACGCCCAGGGCGCGAGUCCUCUGCCGGAGUUUAUCGAGGUGAUCCAAAGCCACAAGCGAGUGGCAUCGAAUGAUGAGGACGGUAACCAACACGAGUGGAGCCUCCGACUGCGGGAAGGAGCGCAGCAGAUUGUGCAGGAGGUCCUGUGGCGACUCCACCCGACUUUCCGCAAGCCCGACGUGAAGGUCAAAGGACCUACCUUCCAGAUAGAUCGCAUCGGCUGGGGCGUUUUCGAGGUUGGCAUCAUGGUCAAGCUGCAGCCGCAUAUCCUUGGCGGCAAGGUACUCGAGGGAUCUCACAUGCUCACCUUCGAGCGUGAGGGAGACAGGGCGGCGGUGACCCGCAUCCGCCUCUGA